AAAUUGGUUUUCCUACCAGAACACACUGAGUGUAUGCCCAGCCUUUAUGAAAGCCAACAGAGAAACAAAGCGCCUUUUUGUGGGUGGCCUUGGCCAGAGCAUUUCUGAGAUGGACCUACAAAAUCAGUUUAGCAGAUUUGGAGAAGUUUCUGAUGUGGAGAUCAUCACUCGGAAAGAUGACCAAGGAAACCCACAGAAAGUCUUUGCAUAUAUCAACAUCAGAGUAGCAGAAACAGACCUGAAAAAAUGUAUGUCUGUUUUAAAUAAUACAAAAUGGAAAGGUGGAACACUACAAAUCCAAUUAGCAAAAGAAAGUUUUUUGCACAGAUUGGCCCGAGAGAGAGAAGAAGCCAAAGCAAAGAAGGAAAGAUCAACAGUAGGCAACAGCAGCUUGUCAGAGAGGAUGGGGAUGGUGGACUUCCCUGGGAAAGCUGUGCCAGGGACAGAAGUACCCGGGCACAAAAAUUGGGUUGUGAGUAAAUUUGGAAGAGUCUUACCUGUUCUUCAUCUGAAAAAUCAACAUAAACGUAAAAUAAAAUAUGAUCCAUCAAAAUACUGCCACAACUUAAAAAAAAUAGGGGAGGAUUUCACAAAUGCUAUUCCUAUAUCCAAUCUCACUUGGGAAUUGGAAGGAAGGAAUGAUCUUAUAACUAAGAAACGGCGAGGAAAGCUUUCUGACCUUUUCAGCCCUCCCAAGAAGAUGAUAAAAGUGCAGAGGGACGAGAGUUGCCCUGUGUCUCUGGCUAUAAGAUCAAGACCUAGUAGGGUAAUAAUGGAAAACCCACACUUAACACAGCAACAGACUGCACAAGAAAUACCUAAUGAUCCCAUUACUCUUAAAUCACCCCAUGUACCUGAUUCGGAUAGUCAGAAACUUAAAAGUAUGUUUUUUCACACUUCUGAUUUGCAAAAUACUGGGAACAAAAAUAGCACGUCUGAUGAUAUCAAUUCUAAAGAUGAAUUAAGACUAAUGAUCACAAGAGAGGGAAACUUAGAGAGAACUACAUGGUCCUCAGUAAGUGAACCUGAAUAUGAUCCCUCUGAAGUUGUAAGGGAUGACUUCAAAUCAGAUGGCCACAAACUUUAUUCUUCAACAGGUUUAGGCAUCAAAAAUAAUGUCUCUUGUCUUGAUAGUGAAGGUAAUGUGGGAAGUGAUUGCAGCUGUGAUUCAGGAGAUAGAGAGGAUACCGCGAUGAAUAAAAACACUGGUGAGGUCAAAAAGAAGACAGAACUUUCACAAAUGGAGAAGUCCAUAUACAGGAAAACUUUUUUGAAAAAUAAAAAAACCUCUGAGCAUUCUGAUCAUUGUAUUAAAGUACAAAAGAGAAAAAACAAUGUGGAGCUAGCCAUCAGUCAUAGAGUUAAGCAUCUUAGUUGUAAGUCCCUGUCCAGCUCCAGCAGCAGUGAAGAUGCUGAUCCUGUGUCAGAGUCAGCGAAGCCUGAGGAAGAUGAGUCUAAGGCCAUGAUGAAAAACUGUCUCCACAUGACUCUUACUUUAGCUGACUUGGGACAUUUGGCUGGCAGUGACCUGAAGGUUCCAAAAGAAGGUACUGAGAGUGAUGGCUGGGAAACCACCUCCAGGUGUGACAGAGCCUCCAAGAGCCACAGGACUUCUGGUGUCCUCCACAGAGGUCGACAGUGUAUUUAUCCUGAAGAGAUUGUGGCUUCCCUUUUAGAAGGAGAACAAAACACCCCUGGAAAACAGAAACCAAAGGAAAACAACUUGAAGUUAAAAAUCCAGGCAUUCAAGGGAGUAGGCUGUCUCUAUGGAAAGGAAUCAGUGAAAAAAUCCUUGAAAGAGAAUGCUGCUUCUAGCAAUAUUAACAAAAAUCAGAAUUCCUUGAAACUUGAGGAUCCCACUAGCAUGUCCAUGGAAAAGGGCUUCCCACAUGGAAAUGGCUCAUCAAGCAAACUGACUCCUUUCCAGUGUGCAAAGAAAGCAGAUGACCCAAACCAUACUCAGCCUCAGAAGAAGCACUUUACUUUUGAGACCCAGAAUCACAAAGUGGGGUCCCCUAGAAGUUCAGAAAAGGGAAAUAGAAAUCCCAUUUCUAGUCUGUUGACAAUAAAAGAUAAGAAAUCUGUAAGUCCUGGUGCAGAGGCCCCUGUGAGAGGUUCUGGUGAAGACUGUUGCCACAGGAGCACAAAGACAGGAGAGGACUCUGAAGAGAGGCCUGAUCUACCCAGCCACGUGGCACCAGAGGUCUCCUCCAGGAGGAACCCUCAAGGGAGCAAAACUGACUUCCCACUUUCUCUUAAUAGUUCCUCAGAUGGUAAUGCUAAGGAUAAGCAUGCUGAAGAUAAUCAGAAGCGUUUGUCAGCCUUAGAGGCAAGGCAGAAAGCAAAAGACACACAAAAGAAGCUGGUUCACAAUGCCCUGGCUAAUUUGGAUGGCCCUCCAGAGGACAAGCCAACGCACAUCAUCUUUGGUUCUGACAGUGAAAGUGAGACAGAAGAGAUGUCCACUCGGGAGCAAAGUCGUCUGGUAGAGAAACCAGUAAAAGAGCUCUCGGGUAGAGCAUCUGGGAAGCUGUUUGACAGCAGCAGUGAUGAGGAAUCUGAUCCUGAAGAUGACAGUAAUAGGUUCAGAAUUAAACCUCAGUUUGAGGGUAGAGCUGGAAAGAAGCUCAUGGAUUUGCAGUCUCACUUUGGCACUGAUGACAGAUUUCGCAUGGACUCCCGGUUUCUAGAAAGCGACAGUGAGGAGGAACAGGAAGAGGCAAGUGGAAAGAAAACCACUGAAAAAGAAGAGCUUGCUGCAGAAAAGUUGAAAGCCCUGGAUAUUGUUCAGAGUAUUUUACAUACCAACUUAAGCAAUUCUACAAGCAAAGGAUCAGUAGCUGCUAAGAAAUUUAAGGACAUCAUACACUAUGAUCCAACAAGGCAUGAACAUGCUACUUACGAAAAAAAGAGAGAUGAUAAACCAAAAGAAAGUAAAGCAAAGAGAAAGAAGAAAAGAGAGGAAGCUGAGCAGCUACCUGUGGUGUCUAAAGAAAUGUAUUAUAACAUUGCUGUGGAUUUAAAAGAAAUAUUCCAAACUGCAAACGACACCAAUGAAAAGAAGGACGUGCCCUACAGCAUGAACUGUGAUGAAGGGAGAGCCCAGGAAGCCCAUGACCCUGUGGCUCCGAGGACGGGGGCCCCGCAGCCUGGCGGGUUCAUCUUUUCCUUUUUUGAUUCACACACUGAAGAUGGAAAGGAAGAGACCUAUAGAGUUGAGACAGUGAAACGUGGUAAGGCUGCCUGGCAGGGAACCCCUCGUUUCCAAGAUAGCAGUUCAGAAGAGGAAGAUGUUAAUGAAGAAACAGAUGACAGAAAGCCCAGCCCUGGAGAAGUAUCAUUACCUGAGAAAGAGACCACCAGAUUUUUCUUUUUCUCUAAGAAUGAUGAAAGACUUCUUGGUUCUGACUUAUUCUGGAGAGGAAUGGGAGAUAAUAUUAGUAGGAAUUCUUGGGAGGCCAGAACAAACAACCUGCGUAUGGAUUGUCGGAAGAAACAUAAAGAUGCCAAAAGGAGAGUGAAACCAAAAUAAAAAGUGUGAUUAUUGGUUUUGAUACUGAUUUUGAACAAGA